AUGGAGUUUUACUUGGAAAUUGAUCCUGUUACCUUGAACCUGAUUAUCCUAGUGGCAAGCUAUGUUAUCUUGCUGCUGGUUUUUCUCAUCUCCUGUAUCCUCUACGAUUGCAGAGGGAAAGACCCCAGUAAAGAGUACGCACCUGAGGCACCUCUGGACUCUCAGCCAUCCAUCCAGCUGGUAUUAAUGCAACAGAGUUCUCCUGGUAGCCACUGGGCAAAGGGACCUGGCCUGCCUUAUGGCACUUCAGCAUCUCUUGGGAAGAAGAGCACAGUGGUUUGAAAGUUACCAGGCAGGCAGUGGGCAAGAAUUGGAUCCUCUUCCAUCAUGUUUGCCUUCCCCUGGCACAGGAUCAGCUU